GCCUUUCGGUUGCACGCGGGCUCUGCGAUUCUUGUUUCCUCGCCACUCCUCUCGAUCCGCACGCCUUCCUCCUUCAUGCUGCUUACCCCUGUCCUCAGUCUGUGGCCUGGCUCGCAGCCAGCAGCUCUUUCCGUCACCUCCUUGCCUGGCUGUCCCUGUGGGUCUCAACCACCGGCUCGGGAGUCUACAUCGGCCUUCCAUCCUGUCUCCCCCUGCCACUCUGUCAGCCUGGUUUUGGUGUAAAUCUGAUCAAUUUUCUUUUGCCAGAGUCGCCUCUAUCCACAGAGAAACUGGAUCUGCUCAAGCUCGCUAUCAGAAAAUUGUGUAAACCAACCGAAGCCCACAAGGAGCAGCAGCAGACGGACAUACCAACCACCGAAUGCCCAUCUUCCUUCUGCUGGUACGACGAGCCAUCUUCAAUUCCUUCAG